GCUUUUGAUUGACAUGGCGCAGUCUCCCAGUACGACUUGCGCCGAGCCAGCAGACAGGCAGGACCCGACCCUGGGAAUAAAAAAAAGGAAAAAAAAAGAAAACGCGCAGCCCCGUCUGUUUGAAAGAUUCUUUUAUUACCGCGAGGUAGGGCAGUUCAGUCAAUUUCUCCAUGAAUGUACGUCACAAUGAUGAUGACAGACCAGAUUCCACUGGACUUGGCUCCGCCCCCCCUCCUGAACGGAGAGCUCCCGCUCAUGCCUCACAUGGUUAACGGUGACGCAGCGCAGCAGGUGAUUCUGGUGCAGGUGAACCCAGGGGAGACGUUUACCAUCCGGGCGGAGGACGGCUCGCUGCAAUGCAUUCAGGGUCCUGCUGAGGUUCCCAUGAUGUCCCCGAAUGGAUCAAUCCCCCCAAUACACGUACCCCCAGGUUACAUAUCACAGGUGCUGGAGGACACCACAGGGGUUCGCCGAGUGGUGGUGACCCCCCAGUCUCCAGAGUGCUACCCUCCCUCUUACUCUCCAGCUCUGUCCCCCACGCACCACCUCCCUCCAUACCUGGCUCACCCCCACUUCAUUCCCAACUCUCACUCUUUCUACCCCCCUGUCAGCCCGGGCGAGCUGCCGCCCCACCAGUACUACCAGCAUCACCUUCCCCCAAUGUAUGGCGAUCCAGUGUCUUCUCUCCUUUCAGAGAUCAUCCCAGUUUAUGGGAUGUCCAACUACAUCAGCAGAGAAGAGACGUACACUAAGCCACAGCCUAAAAAGAUAAAAGAACAGAGACUGGAGCGACAGAACCGACUCAAUUCCCCUCCUUCUACUCUCUAUAAGGGCAGUCUUGGGCCAGCACACAACGGAUACAGUAACAAAUCACACGCCCCAUCGCUUGGGUCAGUGGGGUCAGGGGGUGGAGCCAGCAGUCCAGGGGGCAAGAAGCCAGAAAGACGACACCGUUGCAGUCCACGAAACAGUGAGCCAGAGACACACACACAAGAUGGAGAAAGCAGGUCUCCUCUGGUUGGAAAACUUCCUCUUCAGAGAUCACACAGGGGACAAACUUCCAUGUAUCAUGAUUCAGAGGGGAAACGUGUUCAAGACAUGCUGUCUACAAUCGACAAACCACAGGUGUCUAACAUCCAGGCGCGGGCUGCUCGGCUGUCCUGGGGCCUUCCAGGUGGGCUGGUGAACAGGCACAGCAACGGGAUGCCUGUCUCAUGCUCCUACGAGGUUUCUCUCUCAGACAAGGGAAAGGACGGAAAAUAUCGCCUUAUAUACAGUGGUGAAGAGUUGGAAUAUCAUCUGAAAGAUCUAAGGCCAGCGACAGACUACCACGUACGGGUUUCAGCAUUGUACAACUCGGUUCGAGGCUCGUGUUCAGAGGCCGGCUCGUUUACCACACACUGCAGCGUCCCUGAUGUCCCGUUACCCCCGAAAGUCUCUCAGCGCACAAAGACGAGCCUCAGUCUACAGUGGAAGCCUCCAGGCGACAACGGAUCCAAAAUCACAAACUACCUGCUCGAGUGGGAUGAGGGAAAGAAGAACAGUGUUUUCAGAGACUGCUACUUUGGGAACCAGAGACACUGUAAGCUGACACGGCUGCAGCCAGCCUGUGGCUACACAUUCAGAUUGGCUGCAAAUAACGACAUCGGCACAAGUGGCUUCAGUACAGAGGUGGUGUUCUACACCACGGGCACUCAGCCCCCUCUGCCCCUCGCGCCACGGCUGGUCAGGGCGGGGGUCUCCUGGGUGAACCUGGAGUGGGUGCGUCCAGAGGGCAGUCCCACCGAGGAGCAGCUCAAAUACACACUCGAGAUCCAGGAGGACAACACCGGAACAGAUUUUUAUCCAAAGUACACUGGAGAAAACUUGACCUGUACUGUACAAGGCCUGAAGAGAAGUACACAGUAUAAAUUCAGGCUGAUUGCGUCAAACGUGGAAGGAAAAAGCAGCCCCAGUGAAGUGUUGGUUUGCACCACCAAUCCAGACAAGCCCGGCCCUCCGUCGACACCCAGGGUCACCGGAGUGACACCUUAUGGCUUCACCGUCACAUGGGAUCCACCCUUGGACAAUGGGGGCUCAGAGGCCCUCACUUACCUCCUCGAGAUUUCUGAAGGAUGCUCCGAAGCGAGCCAGUGGGAGGUGGCGUACAGCGGCCCUGCAACUGAAUGUGUGUGUGAGCGGCUGACACCGGGAACCGUUUACCGCCUACGUGUAUGUAGCAUCACCACGGGAGGACACAGCCCGUGCACUGUUUGUGUUCCGGUCCGUACAUCAAGUGUCCCGCCAGGACCCUGUCAGCCGCCGCGGAUCGUUGGGAAAGCCAAACACAAGGAGGUCCAGUUAGAGUGGGAUUCCCCUGCCUGUGAGGGAGUGUGUGAAGAGUGUGUGUACAGCCUGGAGAUGAGUGAGGGCGAAGCAAAGCCAGCAGAAGUGUACCACGGCCCGGAGCUGCAGUGCACGGUUGCUAGUUUGCUUCCUGGUGCGACGUACAGCUUCAGGCUAAGGGCAUCCAACGAGGCCGGGUUUGGGCCAUAUUCUGAGCCGACAGAAGUGACGACUGCAGCUGGACCUCCUGGUCAGUGUGGGGCGCCACUCAUCACGCUCACAAGUAACACCUGUGCGACGCUCAACUGGGAGAGCCCCGAGGGUUCGGGGUCGGACAUCUCAGAGUAUCGACUGGAGUGGGCGAAGGAGGACGAACCCUGGGAGCUCAUUUACUGUGGCUCGGCCACGCAGUGCGAACUGUCAGACCUGACGCCUGCUACGGAUUACUGCUGCAGGCUACAGGCAGUGAACCAGGCUGGCGCUGGUCCAUACAGUGAGAGGGCAAGUUUCUGGACCCCGGCGACGCAUCCCGACCAGGUCUCGACCCUCACUCUCAUGGACCUCCCGACGUCCUCCGAGGCGGGCUACUCCUCGUCUACUUGCCUCCUCCUGAAGUGGGAAAAGCCAAAUAGCAAUGGUUCAGAGAUCUCCUCCUACAUCAUCUCUGUAGACGACCAAACCGUCACAGUGGAAUCGGGGACGAGUCACCUCAUCACAGGCCUGCAGCCAGACACUGAAUACAGUCUGCAGAUUCAAGCAGUGAACGCCAUCGGCUUUGGCCCUCUGAGUCCAUUGCUGGUAGCGAGGACCCGCCCCCUUCCUCCGGGCCCGCCCCCACUCGAAUGCUCCGCCGCAGGCCCUCAGAGCCUGAAGCUCAAGUGGGGCGAGAAUGCCGGACACACGCGCACCCUGCUCUCUGAAGACGUGGUCUACACAUUACAAAUGGAAGACAAGAACCACAGGUUUGUGACAAUCUACCACGGUCCCAGCCACACCUACAAAGUCCAACGACUGAUUGAGUCCAGCAGCUACAGCUUCAGAAUACAGGCCUUCAGUGACGCCGGGGAGGGUCCUUUCUCUGACACAUAUACUUUCUGCACCACCAAGUCUCUACCCCCAGCAAUCAAAGCCCCCAGGAUUCACCAGCUAGAGGGGAACGUGUGCGAGGUGACAUGGGAGACUGUUCCACCAAUGAGAGGCGACUCUAUGAACUAUGUCCUCCAGAUGCUGGUGGGGCGUGAGUCUGAAUACAAACAGAUUUUUAAGGGAGACGAAGGUUCCUUCCAAGUUUCCAGUCUUCAGGCAAACACAGACUAUCGUUUCCGCGUUGGCGCCUGCCGCCAGUGCCGGGACACGCACCAGGAGCUGUGCGGGCCGCUGAGCCCCUCCUCCCUGUUCACGCUGCGCCGGCAGGAGUCGGCAUCGUCGGGAGAUCAUAGUGCUUUGGAAACGGGCAAAGGGGCGGGCCUGAUCUCGAGCGACGAGCACUUCGCGGCGCUGAUUGUGUGCGUGUUCGCCGGCCUGUCCAUCCUCAUCGCCUGCCUGCUACAGUACUUCUUCAUGAAGUGAGGGAAUUUUUAACUAUAGGAUAGAAAGCGAAAUCAAAAGAAUAAAUCACAGAAAUGAACUUUUGCAAAUGUCUAUGAAAGAACAGAAUGAAAUCAAAACACUUGAGAUGUACUUUUAAGGCUAUGUAUGUCGAUUUAAAAAAACACAUUUUUUUUGUAGUCAAAGCAUUGAUUCAGGCUUCUCUAUUUUUCUUCUCCCUUUACCCAUUUCGGUGUCAUUUUCUUUUUACACCUCUGUCGGGUUUGUCUUUUUUGUUAAGGAUUUCUGUUGAGGGAAGCUUCAUCUUGGCUGUACCUCAGUUGGGAAAGAAAACUGAUAAUCAAGCCUUAAAAUAAGUGUGAGCGAAACAUUUGCUCCUCAUACUGCCUUGCAUGUUUUUUUUUUUUAUUUUUUAUUUUACAUGUCUACAUAUUCAGUAGAAAACAUAUAUAUUUCUCUGCCGUCAUUGCCUUACUUUUUGUUCGCUGCGGACUGUAUUCAUUCAGCCAUAUUCAAAUGUAGGCCUUUAAAGCUUUAGCUUUUCCUACUUAUUCAGUUUGUUCCUUCUCUGCAGGCUGUCGGUCAGGACAAACAAUCGCCUGACUGAAACACACACUUACACAUGCGAACCUCUGUACAUGACCAUGCAUGCAUACGAAACACAUUUGCAAGGACAAUAAGAAAAAAACAAAUUUCCAAUUCGAAGACGACAGUCAUAUCUGCUCAGCUUUUGCCAGUCAAUCACUCGCACAUUCGGCUACCAAAGUGAAGCAAUCCGUUUGUGGUAUAAGAUGCUGCUAUCCUGUGAUUUCAUAGUAUCGGAGAGAAAAAAUGGAAAAACAUGUAUUUUAGUGUGAAAAAUGAUGGCAAAGUAAGGUUGAAAUGUUAAAAGGGGGAAGGAGUGAACUAGGUGCUCAAAGUUAGAAGUUCUGAGGUCAGUUUAGCAAUUUGCGCUAAAAGGGAUAGUUCAGAUUGUUUAAAGUUAGGUUCUGUUAAAAUUUAUAGGCAGUUUAUGUUUUCUUUACAGCAGAUAACUGUCUUGGCGUUUCCAUGUAGUACGAAUCCAGAUUAGUUGACCCUCGAGGCAGAAGCUAAUGACUAGUCUAGGAGGGACCAAGACUGAAGCAGACUUCUGCUGUUUUUGAAACAACUCCGGUCUGGAAAAGAGAAGAGUGAUUUAUCCGAAUGCUUUUCAAAUAAGAAUUAAUAAAGGCAUGAAAUAUGUGACAGUUUAAUUGGCUCAUAAGAUAGGAUGACAAAAUGGCUAAAAUGAAACAAGAUGAGAUCUUAGAUUAAAACAAAUAUAAAAACAAGUUUCUUUGAUUCUACAAACUGAAGUCCUGAUACAUUUCAUCCUAUGUUUUAAGGAAUCUUUGACCAGAGUAAAGACCAGGUUUGGCCCAUCUGUGUGUUGCAGUCAGCUAGCCUCAAAAAUGCAAACUUUAGCUUCAUGGCUAACAGACAAAAGCAGUAUUCCCUCGGUGCUUACAGAUUAUUUUGAAAUUGUCUAUAAUUAUUUCCUUUUUCUACUGGAAACCCAAAAUAUUCUCAUACAAACAAUUCAGAAGUGACAGGACGUCUUAAACUUUUUUGCGUCAGAGUAUUGUCAGCUACCUUGACAUUGGUCACAUCUCUCAAGCGACCAGAACUCAAUCACUAUUUUCAGUCUUAUUUCAAAACAAGAAUCUCAAAUAUAGAUAUAGGGGCUCGAGUCAAAAGCACUCGCCUUCAUAUCAGAGGUUUUAUUUGCUUAACUGUCACCCUCAAAAUGUCUACAUGUAAGUCAAUGGGUCCAAGAGGUCACCAGUCUCUUCAUGAUAGUUGAGUGGUUUUUAAACUAAAAUAGCUCCAACAUGUUGGACUUAUUUUAAUGAGAAAUAAGUCGUUUCACAAGAAGCCAACGUUUAUUUUCUGUGAGGUAGGAGUUGCUGCCAUCGGUCUUACUGUCAGAAAGUGGCACUGAAAACAAAACAUGAACUGCCAGAUAGAAAUUUGAAGAGAAGUAAAAAGUUAAAAAAUUUUUGCAGUUUAAUUGAAUGGUAUUUCAUACAUUUUUACAUUCAGGUAUAUAUUCUUUAAACCUUUCGGUCUUGUGUUCUACACUAGAAGAUAAUCAUUGGCGCACUGCCUCCAAACUUCUUUUAUUCUGCAAAAUUGCGUAUGUAUAAAGUUUAUCUCAAGUUUAAAAGUUAAUAGAUCGUGUUCCCAUCAAACACUUGAGUUUUUAUUUUUAGACUGGAGUUGUUUUAAGACAAAGAAAUGCGCGCAAGUCUAUCCUUUGUUGGACUAACAGUUAGCUUCCGCCUCCGGGACAGCCUAAGCUGAGUUUAUGCUAAAUCUACGUGCCAAGAGACUUAAUGUAAGGUAUUAACUGCUUCUAAUCUUUGGACAGGACCUCAGCAUUCUUUUAAAUACCACUCUUAGGUCAGAAUCUGGACCUUAUGUUGGGCAUUUGUUGACUCCAGGAAAACUGGCUGGGAUCGCAAUUGCCUGUUGCUCUUCUUAGGAAGGAGUUGGCCCAGCACGUUUGAUCCUUUGUGAGAUCCUGGGGGUGAGGGGGUUCUACCUUCUCAGAUGUUAUAACUUCAACCUCUUUUUCUGGAGCGUGAUUUUAGGAUAAGAGGCGCUAGCAGCGUGUCUGUGACCUUCUCUAAAAUCUUCAUUUGUAAUCUGGGAAAAGCCCAUUAGAAGUUAGCUUGGGCUUUGUUCUCCAGACAUUUAGCACAAACGCUGAAGCUGUUCCUCCUUUUAGCACGUCUGUGAAUCAAUACAUUUAAAGCCUCUUCCCCUCUUUUUGCAUCUCCUGAAUAUUUCUACUUAAUUCCCCUUCUUUUGGCUCUAGCUACUUCUUGUCUGCUUUCGAUCUAUUCUGUCUCUCUGCUUCCUCCACAUCUCUUACUCUUUCUCUAUUAAAAGGUGCUUUAUUGACAUGUAAUCAGAGCGGUAGCAAGUCUGUGAUCUCUACUCAGACAGACAUGAUCUCUGAGGACUUGAACUAAUCUCCACUAACCAAACAAAGCCUUGGACAGGACACAGCUCAACAGAACAGGGCAUUGUGAUAUACGAAUCACAACCCCGACCUCUGUGUCCCGCCUCAUGUCUGCUCCUCGCAGCAAAUCUUUUACAUCAAAGCCAAGGUACAAGCCGUGUUUAUCUUCUGUAGUCCAAAGAAGUCACCCCGAUCUGCAUUAUUAAUGUGAGACAUGCCUACUUCAGCUGGGUGAGAGCGUGGUGGCGAGACCGGACGGGAGGCAGAGGUUUUCAUUGUAACGUACCUCAGGGAUAAGGCCUUACAGAGGGGGAGGUCUAAUCCCAUCGUCUUCUUAGCUGUCAUCACCAUCAUCAUACUGACCAUCCCAUCCUUUUCCCGCCUUCCUCCUUCUUCCCUCUUGACGCUGCAUCUCGCCCUCUGUCCUCGCUGUGCCUUGCUUCGUAUGUGUCAGUAAGCAAAGCGGUUUAAUAGCUCAGAAAAAAAAGUAAAAAAUCUUUGCCAAAGUUGAUGGGAAAGUCAAGGUAGAGUCCUUUUCUAGGUUUUAUUUAUACUAUAUAUUUGCAUACAGUACUUUACAUGCCAAUUACAGUGCAAUCUUCAUUUAUUUAUUGUUUAAAGUUUAAGAGACAAGUGUAGUUAUAUACUAAUUUUUUUCUUGUAGCAUGUUUUUUUUUUUUUAAUGGAUGUAUGUUAGAUUGUAUGAUUAAGGCCAGCAUUCCUUAUCUCAGUAACCCUUUAAGUAUUUCUCUUGCUCAUCAGUUCAUGCAUUACCGUUUCAGACAUGUAACCAAAUGCCGAUGGGUUUUUGUAACCCCUUAGUGACACAUGUAGCAAGCCAGAGCUUAGUGUCACUUCAAGUUCCUUUGUAUAGGGAUGAAUAUUUCUGCAUUUGGCUUUUAUUUUCUGUUCUGAAUAGUGUUAUAUUGAAGCUUCUGAUAUCUUAUUUUACAGUUUUUAAUGCCAAAGUGCAGCCUUUUUAAUGAUCUCUAGAUAUUGCAGUCGUCUCGAGGGUUCUGUGAUGUUCUUCUGUAACAGCACAUCAUUACAACUAUUAUUAUUGUUAGUAUUGCUCUCUCAAAUGGAACAAAACAUUAACUUGAUCUGUGAUUACGCUUUUUUUUUUUUUUUACAUAAUGUUGUUUUUAUUGUGUUUUAUAAAGCUAAAUUGUGCCAUUUAAGAAAUGUCAAGACCCCAUACUUUGUAGAAAUAUUUUUUUAAACUGAUUUCACAUUUAAAUUUAAAGAAAAGAAAACAGAAAAAAAAACAGUCAUGACAAUUUCAGGCAGAUGACGAUGGGUGCUGGUUAUUUCACCCGUUCGCCGUUUCGUACCUUUGCAUGUUUGGUUGUUUUUGACUCCACAUUUUCUGUGUUAAUUGGUGCCAUUGAACGCACCGUCGUAUCACUUGUCAACCUACAAUUUAAAGGAAUUUUCUAUUGAUUCUACUGAUAGUCUUGUGGAAAGAAAAGUUAUAGUCUUGGCUAUAACUUCAAUAAACAACAUCUUUAUAUAAGGAAGACAUUUAACUGUUUUCAUUUGAUCAGGGUGUCCUAACCUGUCAUGUUUUCUAACAGUCAGUUGGCCAAAACCUGAGUCGCAUUCAAGUUUUGAUAAACGGGAUUAGAGGUAACACUAAAAUUUUAGAUGCUACGGUGGCUCUCAAAAGUGUACAGGACCCUGUCAGACUUCCUGGGGUUUGUACUUUAGUAGUGCAUCUAUCAAUUGAGAUUCAUCUGAAAAAUGUGAGGGGCUAAAAACUACAUAUAAAGGUUGAAUAACGAGGUUGCAUAAGUGUGCGAUUUCUUGAAAUACUACAAUUCUAUGUCUACCAGCAAAGACACAGCAUUUGCUAUCAGCAAAGCAGAUCCGGUAUGUAGAUCUUUGUCCCAUUCUCCUAAAUUACACCUGUGUACAAUCAGGUCAUUUUGAUCUUUUAUAAACGCUCUUCAAACCAUACAUCUUUGCAAAACGAUGCUAAUGAGCAAAUAAUGCAACUGAAAGCUGGUGCGAAUUACAUAACCGGUUUAUAGCACCUUUAUACCUACCUGAAUAGUACAAGAUAUAGAUUAUAACCCUGUGAAUAUGUGCACAUUUAAGAGCCACUGUAAUAAAAACGUUUAAUUUGUCAGACUGAAGCAUUUUUGUAAUGCCUUAACUUUGUAAUUUACAACAACAAAACAUGGGCAGAUUUGCAGCAGUUUAAUUAGAUGGGUGCAAAAAUGGUAAAAUAGUUUCAGAACAGAGGCAUGAUUUGGCCAAAGGGGAGAACUGACCUGUGGCCUAAUGUCAACAAAAGCAGUUUGAUAAUUCCUUUUCAGGUUAGUUGCUGGUGUUUUGGUAGAGUUUUCUUAUUCUUUGUUUUCUUUUUCUUAUUCUUUUUUUUUAAUCCAGUGUUUUGCUAAGAGAUAAUAUACAGAGAUAUCUAUAGAGUUAUAGAGUAAAAAUGGUAAACACAUUAUGACUAAUAAGAGUUGAAGCACUUUUUUUAUGACGAGCAUUUGACAUGACGAGGUUACGAGUGGGAGGCAACGGAUCCUUUGCUCUAUUUCGAGAAAAAAAAAACCCAAACACUACUGCCAACGCUUACUGUUACGUCCAUUGGCAUUAUCCUCCCGUUGGCAUCACUGUGACAUUACUGGAGCAUGGCACUGCGCUCCCAGCAGAAUGCAAUCUACAGCACUGAGGAAAGUACACUUCAUAAGGGGUACCGUGCCUUUGCCAGAUAUGCUCAUUGUGUGUCUGCCUAGACUGUUGCAUAUUAAUUGACUGGUCGACGUGAGUUUUCUUGUCUUUAUAAACCCCCUUUAGUUUCCCUCUUUGAGCCUUAAAACCCCAGUGCAAGAGCAGAGGUGUCCUUCUGUCACCAGCAGGCCAGUUAUCUUAGUAUUGAACAAUCUGAUGAUUCUGGUUUUGUAUAUCCCUUUAUGGGCUUUAUUCUUCUUUUUUUUUUUUUGUUUGGUUAGUUGGUUUGUUUUUCCAAAUGCUGUUUAGCUUUUCAGAGACCCACUCACCCCACGACUCCUCCCACCCCCUGCCAGUCAGGGUAGACAUUUUGUGGCUACGUCCAGAAUAAGAGACGACGUUUUAGCCCAGCAACCCCACGUCUGUGCCUUCUGAUCAGUUUUUAUUUCUUUUUUACUUUCAUUUUAUAUUUUUUUCAAAUGUACAUUUUACAGUAAGUGGAGGUUUUUGACUGAGAGAUUUGGCAAUUUGACAGAGACUCACAGGUAUUUAACUAUUUUCUGAAGCGAAUACAAAUAAAAGACAAAGAUAUUUUUACCUCACAAUUUUAGAGCAAACAUUCCAAUGUUGUCAUGGUCUAUGAUUUGACGCAAAGAAAAAAAGCAUAAAAAAAGAAGUUCAUGCAUUUUUGUUUCUUGUAUUGUAAAUGUUAGACAAUUUCAUAUGCAUUAUAUAAAAAGAAACUGCCAUAUCAAUUUUAAUGUAUAGAUUUUUGCAAAUACUACCCUAUGUAUGUAAGACGUAACUGUAUCGGUAGCGUAUAUAUAAUAUAUUUAUGCCCAAUAAAUGUUUUAAUUUUUUCUGACUUGCAUUGCAUUUGUUUUUGUGUCCUGUUGAUACUUAUUCCAACUCUUACACACCAUGCUUCCAUGUAAUGAAGUGUAGCAUCUGGUGCCUUGCAAAAUAUCUGUACUCCCUUUUCCUAAGAUUUGCCACAUUAAAACCACAAAAAGGAAUUGUA